CCGGCGACCCCACAUGGGUCGACCGGAGAGGUGCGACGCUGGUGCGGUACUGAGUCUGAGCAUCCUCGCAGGAGCUCGGAUUCCCGCCCAGAGGCAUGUUAGAGGCACGACAGCCUGCGUGAUAGAUACGCCACUUUGCGUAUGCGUAUCACUGCACACAUGCUGAUUCGCCCUCUCUUGUACGUACGUGAGUGGCUGCACUGCACUCUCCGCCUAUGCGGAUACACCGCGGGCGCACUCACUGAGCAUACUUGCUCUCUCGCUCCUCUCUCUCGCUGUAUGACUCAGCGUAUAUUCGCUCGCGUUGGAUACGAGUCCAGUCUGCGCACUCACAUUCCAUGUGUCUGGACAGCGUGACGCCGUUGCCGCCAGCACAUUUCUUUCUCUACAUUUCAUUACGCUCUAGAACUAGCUCGCAGCAACUUGACUUGCUGAUUUCUGCCAGACACUGGCCUUUGUUGUGCUUUUCCCCGCAUUCACGCGGCAUUUGCUCCACUUUAUUUGUACAAUAAAGUCACCUGUGAGCUCUCUGUGCUUGCCUGUCACAGGUUAUAUUUUUAUUUUGUGGAUUACUAAGCUAAUCUCUAAUAAGGUGUGGGAGCAUGUUGCGGUGAUUUGGUCUCGCAUAGAAUUAAAGGAAACCUCGUGGAUUAUAAUUUUGUCAGGCGCCUGGCACUGGCUCAUAUUGCAAAAUUGCCUAAAUUUCGCGAAGGGAAGAAAACGCUAAGUCAUGGAAAGGCCGUAACGUUUAAGUGCGGGCUGCCAGACGCUGCCGCAUUCUGGAUAUCUGCAACCUGGCAUUGGCUGCUGAUUUAUGAGCGGCGAGUGGUUAUUUACAUUGAUUACUUAUUUACUGCACGAUUGGUCGGGACAGUCGGGAGUGGGCGUGACUGGUGUAUCCAACUGCAACAGACAUUUUAACGUCUUCCCGAUUAUCGUCUUCUCCGAGUUUUCCUCCUCGAACUAUCUCGUCAGACCUAUUCAUAACCGUUGGAACGUGAGAAACUAUUCUUCGGUAUUUCUUCCACACCGUAUAACGCCGUCGUUUGAAAACAUGACGUGGAGUAAGACCUUCGUGUAUGCUUUGGCCUUUCUCGGUGCGGUUGGCGUCGCCGCGUGUUAUUCGGCCGACAUCCUGGAUGAUGUGGCGGAGCGGCUCGCCACCGCCCAGGGCUUGGCGAAAGAGUCGGCUAUCGCCAAUACACUGGUCACGCUGGUGGUGGUGAUGUUUUGCUUGGGAGGCGUCGCGAAUGUGGUUGAAUGCCGGAAACGCGGAAUGAUGCUCACGAUGGGCCGUAGCGCUGGUCGGAACGACAGGGUGUCUUGGCUUGAAGCCAGUGUCCUGCCCGUUUCUGAUCCCGAUCGCGGGGCCCGUUACGUCGCCGCCAGAGACGCCAUGUUUGAGUUUGCCAAGACCUGGACGCUUCCCAAGCCAAACCCGAACCACCAGUACCAGUUUCUGUUGGCGACGGUGGAGGUCAUGGAACGACAGGUUGAAAUCGCGUAUCACUGGAUCCAGCUAAAGAUUACCGAUGUGGAGGAUCGCCUGACGGCCAGGAUCGAUGCCUUGGAGACCCAGAUGGGGGCCAGAUUCGAUGCCCUGGAGACCAGAGUCGACGCCUUGGAGACCAACGUGGCUGCGAGAUUUGAAGCCUUGGAGACCAACGUGGCGGCGAGAUUCGAGCACCAGAACAUGAUGAUGGUUGUCCUGUUCCAGCACCUCGACAUCCCGGUGCCCGCGGCCCAGCCAUAAAUGGCUUUGUGUGCUGCCUUAAUGCCCGCGUAUUUGCUUAUUUAACUUUUUUUUGCGGGCUUUUUGAAUUUGGGCGCUCAAAGCGCCGGUUUGUUGUUGUUUGGGCUAUGCCCUUUUUGUUGUGACUUUCGAACUUCUUAGUUCGCACUUCCCGUGCAGUUUCGCUACUGAUUCCCUCCGAUGCUUUUAAGCGACCACUUUCAAUAAGUGCAAGUUGAAUACGCGAAGAAACAAACU